GCUGGCAAUAAAUUGAGUGCAUUCCUCUCGCUUUCGCUGCUUGCUUCUCCUCACCCAGUCCAUCAUCAAUCCCGCGCAUCAAUCAAUUCUUCGCCCAAGUCGACCGGUGUCAUCGCUAUCACUCUCACAGACCAAACACACUUAACCGCCAACAUGCGUUUCGCUGUCUCCGUCUUUGCCCUGGCUGCCACCGCCGCCGCCCAGGUGCAGACCAUCACCCAGAUCGGCGACGGUCAGAUCCAGGCUCCUCCUGUCAGCGCCACUGCGCCCGUCUCCUCGGUCCCCGCCGUGGCUUCGUCGGUUUCUGAGGUGCCUCCGGUCUCCAUGCCCUCGCCUGUCGCGCCCCCGGUCUCCAUGCCCUCGCCUGUCGCUCCUCCUACCUUCCCCAGCUCAGCUCCCGCUGUCCCCACUCUGUCCACCUCGGUCACUCCCCCUGCUGCCAACUCCAGCGUGCCCGUUGCCAGCUCUGCCGUGCCCUCUGGCACUGCUCCCGCUUCAUCUGCGCCCGCCAGCGGUGCCAGCGGCACCUCAUCUGUGCCUCCCGAGUCUACUGGCGGCGCAUCAGCCAACAUGGUCUCCUUCGGCGGCCUUGUCCUCGCCUUCGCUGCCUUCCUCGCAUAGACGAGCAGCGCGUGCCUGCGAACAUUCCAUUCUCACGACUCAGCGGCAUGUGAAGGCAGCGUCUAGCUGGCGCCACACCGCGCUUUUAACGACCACACUUUUCGCUACAUAUUCUCCUUCAACAGCUCGUUGCAUGGUCGGCUAUAUCCGAAAAGCUGGAGUAUUGAUUACAUGGCGGGUAAUAAUUGGCUCUCGGGGAGGGAAACGGCGCUCGGUCGGGGUAAUGACUACGUACUAGCGUCCGCUAAUGCAGAUCGUCCACGGAAGCCGUGUAUAGAUAGUCUUGACCAAAUACACAUGCACCACUGGUGCCGCAAUCGUUUAGUAUGUGCUGUUCGUGGUUGUG